CACUGCACACUGCACAUCAUGUCUUUAUUCUUUAUUCAGGAGAAAACAUCUGGAUUGUGCUGGAUGGGCCAGUAGACGCCAUCUGGAUCGAGAACCUGAACUCGGUGCUGGACGACAACAAAACUCUGACCCUGGCGAACGGUGACCGGAUCCCUAUGUCCCCGAGCUGUAAGCUGGUGUUUGAGGUGCACAACAUGGACAAUGCUUCUCCCGCUACCGUCUCCAGAGUGGGCAUGGUGUUCAUGAGCUCCUCCGCUCUCAGCUGGAGACCCAUUCUGCAGGGCUGGACCAACAAGCGCAGUGCUCAGGAAGCUGACAGCCUGAUGAGCCUGUAUGAUAAGAUAUUUGAAGAUGCUUAUAUAUUCAUGAAACAAAACCUCAAGCCAAAAAUGCAGCUCUUGGAGUGCAACUACGUUAUGCAGUCGGUAAACCUGCUGGAGGGUCUGAUUCCUCCUAAAGAUGCUGGAGGCACGUUGAGCAGCGAGCACCUGGAGCGCCUCUUCGUGUUCUGCAUGAUGUGGAGUCUGGGAGCUCUGCUGGAACUGGAUGACCGGGACAAGAUGGAGCUGUUCGUUCGCUCUCAUGAAAGCAAGCUUGACCUGCCACCGACAGAGCCUGGCCAGACCAUGUUCGAGUACAUGGUCAAUCAGAACGGUGACUGGGAUCACUGGAGUAAAUACGUCGUGGAGUACGUCUACCCCACAGACUCGGCACCAGACUACACGUCCAUUCUCGUUCCCAACGUGGACAACACCAGAACGAGCUUCCUGAUUGAGGCCAUCGCAAAACAGCGCAAGGCUGUUCUCCUCACCGGUGAACAGGGGACUGCCAAGACGGUCAUGAUUAAGGCCUACACGAAGAAAUACAACCCUGAGAUGGAUCUGUUCAAAUCCAUGAACUUCUCCUCCGCCACGGAGCCGAUCAUGUUCCAGCGGGCAGUAGAGAGUUACAUAGAGAAGCGGCUGGGCAGCACAUACGGACCCCCCGGCAGACGGAGACUGACCGUUUUUAUUGAUGACAUCAACAUGCCUGUCGUCAAUGAAUGGGGAGAUCAGAUCACAAAUGAAAUAGUGCGUCAGACGAUGGAGAUGUCGGGCAUGUACAGUCUGGAUAAACCCGGUGAUUUCACCACCAUAACGGACGUUCAGAUGAUGGCCGCCAUGAUCCAUCCCGGCGGUGGCAGGAACGAUAUUCCUCAGAGACUGAAGAGACAGUUCACAGUGUUUAACUGCACGCUUCCGGCCAACUCCUCCAUCGACAUGAUCUUCGGAAUUAUUGGCUGUGGAUAUUUCCAUCAGUGUCGAGGAUUUACACCAGAGAUCUCUGACACUGUACAGCGUCUCGUACCCGCUUCCCGGAUUCUCUGGCAAUGGACCAAGGGGAAGAUGUUGCCCACUCCAUCAAAGUUUCACUACUUCUUCAACCUAAGAGAUCUGUCCAGGAUUUGGCAGGGCAUGCUGAAGAUCAGAGCAGAAGAGUGUGAUACAGUCGCCACCCUCCUGUCCUUGUUCAAGUGUGAAUGCACUCGAGUCAUCGCAGACCGGUUUGUGUGUGAGGAGGAUAAGCACUGGUUCGAGAAGUCUAUAGCCCAGGUCAUUCAGGAACACGUGGAUCCUGCUUUGGUGCCACACCUCCACCCCGACCCUUACUUUGUGGACUUCCUGAGAGAGGCUCCAGAGCCUACAGGAGAGGAGGCUGAUGACGCCUGUCUCGACGCUCCCAAAAUCUAUGAACUGGUGCCGGACUUCCAGUUCCUGUCGGAGAGACUGCGGUUCUUUCAGAGCCAGUAUAACGAGGCUGUUCGGGGCUCACAUCUGGACCUGGUCUUCUUUACUGAUGCCAUGACCCACCUCAUCAAGAUCUCCCGCAUCAUCAGGACCGAUGGAGGAAGCGCUCUGCUGGUGGGAGUGGGAGGAUCGGGCAAGCAAAGCCUUUCACGGCUCGCGUCGUACAUCGCCGGUUACAGGAUAUUCCAGAUUACACUCACUAGAACCUAUAACAUCAGCAACCUGAUGGAUGACCUGAAAGUGCUGUUCAGAACGGCCGGCGCUGAAGGAAAAGGCGUCACGUUCAUCUUCACGGACAACGAGAUAAAAGACGAGGCCUUCCUAGAGUACCUUAACAAUGUUUUGUCAUCUGGAGAGGUCUCGAACCUUUUUGCUCGUGAUGAACUGGACGAGAUAACACAGAAUCUCAUCCCCGUAAUGAAAAAGGAGACGCCCCGAGUGCCGCCCACCUUUGAUAAUCUGUAUGAAUACUUCAUCUCCCGGGCCAAAAAGAACCUCCAUGUGGUGCUGUGUUUUUCCCCGGUGGGGGAGAAGUUCCGCUCCCGCUCUCUGAAGUUCCCCGGACUGAUAUCCGGAUGCACCAUGGACUGGUUCACCCCGUGGCCGAGUGAAGCCCUGAUGGCCGUGUCCCAGUAUUUCCUCUCGGACUUCCACAUGGUCUGUUCGCCUGAGGUGAAGACUGCGGUGGUCCAGACUAUGGCCGUCUAUCACGACAGAGUCUCCUCCACCUGCGAGAGCUACUUUGAGAGAUUCAGACGAAGGGCCCACGUCACCCCGAAAUCCUACCUGUCCUUCAUCAAUGGGUACAAAACCCUCUAUACAGAGAAGCACACCCACAUCAACACUCUUGUUGAGCGCAUGAAUGUCGACUGCAGCCACACGGGAACGAGGAGAGAGUUUCGCCAAUCCCACCGUCGUACCCUGCUGAAUCUCUUUCACCCGCUCGACUCUUCACGCCCCCUCACGGCACUGACCGUGGGCGCGAAAAUAAGAUGUGGUCACUGUUAUCUGGUUCAGUUUGGUAUAUAACUCAAUUACAUCAGCUGUCUGGCUUAAAAUAAACUAAUAUUUAUUUA